GCUCCGAUUCCCAUCGCAUAAACGCAUUCCCUCUCCUCUCGUUCUCUUCUUUGGAAACCAAAACUCAAAAACUCUCUCCAUUUAUAAAGCUUUCUCCAUCGUCUCUCUCACAUACAUACCCAGAUAUAAAACACCUCGCCUUUCAAACUCUUCCCGCUUCCUCAAUCAAUUUGCAAUUUUCCCACUAAAUUUCUGGUCCGAUCGACUGGAAAUUCUUUGCUCAAUUCUAGGGUUUCCCAUUUGCAAGAGAGAUUUCUUAUAAGGAAUGGCAGAUCAAGGCUUGGAAGGAGCCCAACCCGUUGAUCUUAAAAAGCAUCCUUCUGGGAUUGUACCUACUCUUCAGAACAUUGUGUCAACAGUCAAUCUGGACUGCAAGUUGGAUCUGAAGGCCAUUGCUCUGCAAGCUCGCAAUGCUGAAUACAAUCCCAAGCGUUUUGCUGCUGUUAUCAUGAGAAUAAGGGAGCCAAAAACCACAGCACUGAUAUUUGCAUCUGGAAAGAUGGUCUGUACUGGAGCUAAGAGCGAACAACAAUCAAAAUUAGCUGCAAGAAAGUACGCCCGUAUAAUCCAAAAACUUGGAUUUCCUGCCAAGUUUAAGGAUUUUAAGAUUCAGAAUAUUGUUGGCUCAUGUGAUGUUAAGUUCCCCAUAAGACUCGAGGGUCUUGCAUAUUCACACGGUGCCUUUUCAAGUUACGAACCAGAGUUAUUUCCUGGAUUGAUUUAUCGGAUGAAACAACCAAAGAUUGUGCUUCUCAUUUUCGUUUCUGGAAAAAUAGUUCUCACUGGGGCUAAGGUGAGAGAGGAGACAUACACAGCAUUUGAGAACAUAUACCCAGUGCUUACAGAGUUCAGGAAAAACCAGCAAUGAUUCUUGGCUUCGGACUAGCCAUCCGGGAAGUCAAUUUUCCUUCAUGCUUGGAGAACAAACGGACUGGCACACAGACAGAAGCUAGCUAGCCGGAAAGAAAGUGUAUUUAUGGAGAGAUUGCUUCCUGUUUGAGGAUAUGGAAGAAGACCUUUGGUUUUUGGCAUAAAAUGGAAGGGUCUAGUGAUGAGCAUUUCAUGCAUGUCUUUUCUUUUAGUGUCCUGUUCAUCUGUGUGAUUGUGGAGGGAAGUUGUUGAACUUUCUUUUUUUUUCCUCAUUUUUUUUCCUUAAAGUUUUGAUAUUGUGUGAUCAUAGUGGGGGAUUGUGUAUAGAAGAAUGUUUUUCUCCAUUAACUCACACCAGACAAUUAUGCAAUUUAUAAUAUGCUUUACACAAGGUCA